CUUUCCCGCCCCCCAUCAUGAUCCGCCGUCCAAUUCUCUUCGCGUCUAGUUUUCGGGGUUUUCGUCGUUCGUUCUCGACCUCGCCGUUGGUAUCCAAUUACCUACUUUCCUGGGACCAGCAUAUGGAAGCCGUUCGGGAAGUUGGCCGGUCUCAUGCAGCCUCUCAUGCAGCCCUCAUUGACAAGCUCAGCUCGAGACUCGCGACUACAAAUAUAGAAUGGAAAAAGGAUCAGAAACUCAUCUCCAACCUCGAACGAGAAGUUGCAGAUUUGAAAAAAGAGAACGCAAAAAUCCAGGGAAAUUUUACAAUUAGAACAGCACUGGGUAUGUCUCCCCAGUGUCUCCCCUAGCAUUAUUUAUCUAUUUCUCCCUUUUUGUUCACAAAUUAAAUGACUAGAAAUUAUUGCUGAUCUCUAUCG